AAGGAAAGAACAAAAAAGAGCUACGAGCUUAUGCUAGCAAUUUUAGUACACAAUUUCAGUGUGUUCUUGAAGCGCCUUACAAUGUACGAGAUGAAGCUGUGAAUAAUUUGCUCAAGGCCUAUAAAUCGAAUUACUCUAUACUCUACAAAUCGCAAGUUCUAAAAGAUCCUAACAGCCU